UGCAUACCAGUGCCCAUCUGAGCUGCCUUUCAAUGUUCCCCAUCAGUGCCAGUCAGUGCUGCCUAUCGGUGCCAUCAGUGCCACCUAUCAGUGUCUAUCAGUGCAGGCUAUCAGUGCCCAUCACUGCAGCCUCAUUAGCGCACAUCAGUGAAGGAGAAAAAUUACUUAUUUACAGAAUUGUAUUUUUUUCAAAAUUUUCAGUGGUUUUUGGUUUGUUUAAGAAAAAAUACAAAUCACAGAGGUGAUUAA